GCAAGAAGCGGGCGCGCCAUCGUGUCUGGAUCGCUGGAUGUUUGCCAGCUGCUCUUUGUCCACCGGCUGCGCCACGCCGGAUUUCCAGUUUGCCGUGACCUUCUCCGGCCCAACCUUUGCCCCCGGUGCAGGUUGGUCCAUGCUCCAGGACCUGCUGAAGCAGCAUAUUCCGAAGUCGCAGAUUCUCUUUGAGGCCAACUUCCCUCACAUGACUUUCGCCUACAGUUGCUGCAGCCCUGGCGAAGCUGGCAAAGGGCAGUUUCUGGAAGCCUUGG